AUGGCAACCGGACGGUAUCCCAAGGGAUUCAACUCCCAGCAGCGGUCUAACGUAGCGCCCUCUUCCUUCAAGUGCAGAAUCGGUGGUGAAUGGAAGCCGUCCUCUGGCUUCUCUUCCGCACAACUCGCCAAAUGGCACCAGAAGAGAGGCCAAGAUGGCAUCAACCCCAUAACCAUCGGCCUCACAUGCCUGGAGCACGCACAGGGGUUUGGACGUGAGAAAAAGUGCGGUGGCCCCUGUGGUAAGAAACUACAGAAGGAACGGUUCAGCAAGAACCAGCGGAACAGAGAAGACGCCUGGUGCAUUGCCUGUACCGAUUGGAAAGGAGAGGUCGAAACUACCGAAAUUCCGCCCCCCGCACCCAAUACGCAGAUCUCACCAGAUGAGAUGUCUGGUGACAUCGUGGUUGUCGGUGAAGAUGAAGAUGAGCAUAACCUCGAAGAGGAGAAGCCUGUCGAGGACCUGCCUUACAGCGAGAGCGAUUCCGAAGAGGAAGAAGAAGACUAUGGCGGUUUGAAGGCAUACAUGGAUGCGGACACAGAUGUCGAAGACAACGAUGACGGAGUUCACACCGCUGACGCCUUCAGCCUUGACACCUUCAGCGUCACACAGUCACGGAAUGCUUCUGGCCGCAUCGAGGACGGAGAUGAUGACGAUGAUGAUGAUGAUGACGAUGACACCGGACUAUUCCCCACCCGGGAUUCGUCCAUGAACAUGCAGGCCCUUCAAAGCGAUCUGAAUUCGCUGUCAGGCUACAGAAACGUAGCCUUGCGUGGCAGUCGUGUCAUCUCUGGCAGCACAACCGGCAGCGCGUCAGGUUCUGUGAGCACGGCUAUACGAAGACCUAUGACCCCGCGGGAUGAACCCGCUCGCGAAGAUGUUCGUCGCCAGACGGCAGGAGGAAACCCCGGACCCUCCGCUUGGCUUCCGCCUCACCUGCGACAUGGCGGAUCUUCCGUCGGUGGACGUAGCCAGCAACAUAGCGCCCAGGGACAUGGCUCACGGCUAUCCGUCGCUUCUAGCGACUCAAGGGACGGCCUUGAAAACUUGUCCAGCCGAUCGGUCUCGGCGUCUGACGCCACAUCUGCGGCACGACCCCCUCAGGCCUACACGGCAUACAACCCGAGCGGCGGAGCGGUUCAGCGAACCACUGCCACGGCCACGGAAACCCUGCGAAAUAUCAAUGCGCUGCCGCCCAAGCCUCACACUGGUUUACCCCAAAACCUCGACGCGAUGGCUCCUCCGCCCCAGGCUACGGAGAAGAAGAAGCAGAACCCCAACUUCCCGAAGGGUGACACACGCAAGAUUUUCCGCGCGGCCCAGGGAACGGCAUUCCGGUCGGUAGAGUAUGUGCCAGAACCCGAAAUCCGUGUGGAAGACUCUGAUAGUUCUGAUGAGAACUGA